AAUUGCAAUCUCAACAGCUAACAAGUAACACAAACAAGUGCUUCCGAAAGGAUUCAAUCGAAACUACACAUCAAGAUGUUCAAGCUGGUACUCAUCUCUACUCUGAUUGUGGCUGCCUGCUGCAUGCCCGCUGACAAGGACAAGUCUGAACAUUUGGAACAAUCGGAGACCCAGUGGAACUCUGCCUGGGCUAACCCGGCCGCCAACCCGAAUGCCGCUUGGGGAGGCAACAGCUGGAACCGAUGGAACAACCCAGCUGCUGCUGCUGCUGACCCACGCUUGAACCGAUGGGGAGCUGAGCCAUGGAACCGCCAGUAUGGAGCCAAUGCCGGAUGGAACCAGUGGAACCGUGCCGGAGUUGGAGCCGGUGCCGGUGCUUGGCCAGCUGCUGGAGCCCCUGCUGCCGCCGCUGUUAACCGUGGCUGGAACACCUGGUAAAUGAUGGUGAUGAACGAAUAAGAUACCUCAGUACCACCAGUGAACAGUGUGACAAACGGCUAUGACAAUUUUCUUUUCUGUACAGUGUACCAAGUUUUGGAAUAUAAUUAGCGGACU